UAUGAUUAUCCGCCUCUUUUUGUUUUGUUUUAGGCGCCCUUGAAACGAAGGUGAACACGGCUGUAGCUGAAUCAAUGCAAGGCUGUUUAAGCUUUUGCAGGUGAUGGUGUGGAUUGUGCUGCCAUGAGUGCUCUGUUUGCCUGUGAGGACCCAGACACAUGGAGGAGGGUGUAUGGGAAAUACUGGGAUGUGGUGGAAGCCAAAUCCAAAGGCAAGAAACCUGGAAAGCUGCUGAACCUCGACAAGUGGUACCAAGAGGAGCUGCCCACACUCAUUUCAAGUCGACCUGACAAACAUGUCACUCAGUCAGAGCUGGUGAAACUGAUGGAGUGGAAACUCACUAGAGGGAAGUUCAGGCCGAGGCUGCAGCAGCUGGUGGCUUCCAACAGUGAGGACACUGUGGAGAAAUGUUCCAGAAAGGCCUUCAGCCUCCUGCCUGACGUGCAGGCAGCAAUCGCCGAGCUCAGCUCCCUGAAAGGAGUCGGCCCGGCCACGGCUUCAGCUGUGUUGGCGGCGGGAGCUCCAGAACAGGCUGCAUUCAUGUCAGAUGAAGCCAUGGAGAGUGUGCCGGGACUAAAGCCCAUCCAGUACACAGCCAAGCACUACACUCUGUACCUGGGCAAAAUGGUCGAGUGUACCGUGAAACUAAACAAAGAGGAUCCCCAGCAGGACUGGACGCCCCACAGAUUGGAGCUGUGUCUGUGGGCGUUGACCACAGCCAAACAGCAGCAGCUCCCACUUCUAAAGGACGUUGAUGUGAAGACCGGCAGUGUAAAGGAGGAGAGCUCCAAUGCCGACACAGACCAGAGGCCAAAGAAGAGGCUCAAAACAAGAUAAAAAUACACAGUAUAUACAUUUUUAAACUUCUAUUUCUUUUUUCAAAAAUAAUAAAGCCUUUAUAUCA